AUGUCGGCGCUGGGUGCGCUGCCCUUCCUGACGGCCGCCCGCCCGCGCCCGGCCCGGAGCUCGCCCGGGCGCCGGCGCCGCCACACGCUGCCCGCCAGCGAGUUCCGCUGCCUCAGCCCCGAGGACGCCGUCAGCGUGUUCGAGAUCGAGAGGGAAGCCUUCAUCUCCGUCUCCGGAGACUGCCCGCUCCACCUCGACGAGAUCCGCCACUUCCUGAGCCUGUGCCCGGAGCUGUCUCUCGGCUGGUUCGAGGAAGGGCGCCUCGUGGCCUUCGUCAUCGGCUCCCGCUGGGACCAGGACCGGCUCAGCCAGGCGGCGCUGGCGCUGCACCGGCCGCGGGGCGCCGCGGUGCACAUCCACGUGCUCGCCGUGCACCGCACCUUCCGCCAGCAGGGCAAGGGCUCCAUCCUGCUGUGGCGCUACCUGCAGCACCUGCGCUGCCUGCCGCGCGUGCGGCGCGCCGUGCUCAUGUGCGAAGACUUCCUGGUGCCCUUCUACGCCAAGUGCGGCUUCGAGGCGCUGGGCCCCUGCCAGGUGACCGUGGGCGCCCUGGCCUUCACCGAGAUGCAGUGCGCCGUGCGCGGUCACGCCUUCAUGCGCCGCAACAGCGGCUGCUGAGCCGGCCCCGGCCCUCCCUGGCCGCAGGGUGCCCGGACGGACGGCGCGGGCAGAGGCGGAGGGGGGCGAAGGGCUGCGGCCCCGCUCCGUCCCGCCGCGCGGCUCUCCCUUCCCCGCGCUCCGGGCCAGAGCUGCUCCCUGCCGACGCGUCUGCGCCUUCUGCCCCGCGGAUUAGCCCAGUCCCACCUCACCGCCUUCGGGGCUGGACACCGAGACGCCCAGCCCGGCCCCACGGGAAGCAGCAAUCCCGAGGAACCUGCUGGGUCGCCUCCGGCGCCAGAGCCCGCCGCGAGCGCAGCCCGCCGCGAGCAGGCGGCUCCCGCGCUCCACGCUCGCCCUCUCCGCCCCAA